AGGACCGUCUGGGAUGUAGACGUCGAUGAGGUCCUGAGAGUCGAAUGCGUGGAUCUGGCCUUGGCAGGCAGCCACGUUGGAUGGGGGGAGGAAGGGGAGGGACAAGAGGUCGAAACUGAGGUCCCUAGGGCAGCAGAGGCCGGCUUAUAUACAUGGGGAGAUAAGGGCAGGCUGUGCACGUUGGUCCGUGUGCAGCUGGUCCGUGCGCAGCAUGCCGACGCGGCCCCGGGGGUCGUAGAUAAUGAUGCGUCCAUAUCGGGCAAG